CACAAGUCACCCGCAGGACCAAAAGGCGAAUUUUUUAAGCGAAAUUUCUCGAGGCAUCUUCAAAUUACUUGCCCAAAACGAAAAAAACUUCUUCAAAUUGUUUCUGAAAUUGCUGGUCAAUCGCAAAAUACUUCCUGCGUGCGCCAUUGAAUCGAGAGAAAAAUGGUUCUGUGGGAGAUCACAUUGGGGACAGCGUAUUUUUUGGGUCUCAAACGAACGUACAAACUCGCUCUCAAACUUCAGCGGAAGCUCAUCAGCCCCAAGCAUCCUAAGAUUCGCCAAUUUGUUCAGAGACGGACUCGAAGUGUAUUUGACAUAGCACUCAAAGUUCAUCUCAAGGUACAAGAGAGAGACAUCGAAGUCGGUCGGAACCUGGGGAACCAGAUCCUCCGCUGGCUUGACAAAAUGAAGCCCGAAGCACAGAUCAGGGGCCCAACUCCUUCGGGCCCACAUGCAAAUACAAACAUGACUCAGCAAUCGGGCCCUUCACAGCACCUGAACAAUCAAGGAGGAGGCUUCCCCAAGCCCAACUCGAGGAGUGCUGGUAAAGAAUCCGACAGGCAUUUCUUUACAGCCACGCGUAGCAUGUGGCCAAAACAUUUUCCCACGAUUUCCAUGAUGAUGAGGCCCAUGGGCCCCACUGGACAGAAUACACAGUAUCGGCAGUAUGGGACUCGUGGGCCUGAGCUUUUCUCUGUGGACUAUGGUAAAUUUGGGUUCGGGCAAAUCCUCAGAAAUGACUUGAAGCAGUGGGUUUCAUAUCGUUGAUUUUGUAGCAGCCACUACAUUGUUUUUUUCUUUUCUUUUCUUUUGCUCAUUUUUAGACUCUUGAGCAUAUAGCUCGGAUGACCGAAGCUUUGGAAGUUUUUGAGUUUGGUGCCAAGAGUCGAAUAGGGUAGUGCAGGAAAGUUGGAUGGGUGACUGCCCAAAUGCGGGAACUGUUUGCUCACUUUAUUUUGAGCUGGUGUGCUUUCCCUUCAGCAGUUUUUUUCCCUUCAGCAGUUUUUUUAUCUUGAUAAAGACUACCCUUUUUUUUAUUUAUUUGUUUAAGUAAUUUGAACAUUUGCUUCUUUCGAAAGUGUGCGUGUUGUCUUUCCAAAUGGAGCAAGUGUGGAUGUGGUUACAUUUGAUAUGCUUAAGGAUUUUCAGACAUUUACUGUGAAUUACACAGGUUCAC